AUGACUCAUUCCUCUCAGGAUGCUGGCUCUCAUGGCAUCCACGAAGAAGGGAAACUCUAUGUUGUGGAUUCCAUCAAUGACUUAAACAAACUCAAUCUCUGUCCGACGGAAUCACAACAUCUAUUCUCUUUGGAGGACAAAAUUCCAAAUGUUGACACGACCCCAGGAAAUGGAAGGCGGGGGUUGUUUUUCCUGGGGCUGCUCCUGGUGUUAACCGUCAGCUUGGCGCUGGUCUUCUUCGCCAUCUUCCUAAUAAUUCAAACAGGAAACAAGAUGGAGGAUGUGUCAAGAAGACUGGCGGCCGAGGGAAAGGACAUAGAUGAUCUUAAGAAAAUCAACAACAUGAUCGUAAAGCGGCUCAAUCAACUGGACUCCGAACAGAACUGAAAGGAUUUCCCCCUAAGAGUGGUCAUCGAUAUGGGAGCUUCUCACUUGCUGGAAGUACACUAGGUUAGGACUGAGAAAGUACUGUGCUUCAGGCAGCGGAUACGAUUAUACCUUCUGUUUCUAGGAUGGAAAUAACGCCCAGGCAAGGAAUUUAAGGAUGGCAGCUGAAAAGGGGUGAACUUGAUUCAGCCUUAUUGAC